UAUUUGGGUAAUAAAUAAAAAAGUUAGGUUAUAACUCACGUGUUCAUUUUGAAACAAUUUGAGCACUUUUUAAUUUAUAAUUACAAUUUUUUUUAUUUAAAUGUAAUAAUGUUAUAUCAAAAAAUGUAAAAAUUAAUGAUUUACAUUCAUUUUAUAAUAUAAAUUUAGCUUAUAGCUUAUAUAUAAUUAUAUUUAGCUUAAUAAAAACAUUAACUUUUUUUAUUAACAAUUGUUGUACAAAAUAUAUUAAAAUGGGACGAAAAGCAAAAUUUGAUGAAACAAAUGUUUCAAGUGGUCGUGGAAGAAAAGCAAAAAAACAAGGAGAUCCAAUAUUUCCAAAAGGAGUAUUAGUGAAAGAAGAACAAAAAUUAAGUCAUAGACAAAAGCAACGUGCAAGAAAAAGAUUAUUAAAAAAACAAAAUAUAAAAGAAAAAUUAAAGGAAUUACAAAAAAAGAAAAAUGAGAAACUAAAAAACAUUAUUGAUGAAAAUAAUAUCAAAAAUAACACACAACAAUUAAUAAAAAUAAAAAAAAAGAAAUCUUUUAAAGAUAAACUGUUUACAAAUGGCAAUUCAAAUGAUAAAGAUGAUCAAAUGCAAUUUAAUAAUGAAAAUAUAAAGCAAUUAGAAAUAAAAAAAAAGAAAUCUCUUAAAAAAGAGUUACUUAUAAAUGGUAAUUCAAAUAAAGAAGAUAAUCAAAUGCAGUUUGACAAUGAUAACAUAAAACAAUUAAAAAAUAUUAAAAAAAAGAAAUCUCUUAAGAAAAAACUACUUACAAAUAACAAUUUAAAUGAUGAAGAUGAUCAAAUGCAGUUUGAUCAUGAUAACAUAAAACAAUUAAAGAAAAUAAAGAAAAAAAAAUCUUUUAAAAAAGAAAUGCUUACAAAUGAUAAUUCAAAUAAUGAAGAUGAUCAAAUACAAUUUGAUAAUGAUAAUAUAUCUAAUAAUGAAGAAAUAUUGAAAGAUAAAAAAGAUAAAUCUACAAAAAAAAAAUUACUUGAUAGUGAUACAGAAGAUGAAUAUGAUGCUAUUGAAAAUUAUAAAGAAGAUGAUGAAGAUGAUGAUAGUGAUCAAAAUGAAGAAGAGAAUAUUGAUAGUUAUAAUGAUGAUGAUGAUGAUGAUGAUGAUGAUGAUGAUGAUGAUGAUGAUGAUGAUGAUGAUGAUGAUGAUUUACUUCCUAUUGAGAAGGCAAAUAAAAAAUUAAAAAAGAAACAAGAAAAAGAACAAAAAUUGGCAGAACAAGAGAUGUAUGAUAUGACCUUACAACAAUGUGUCUUUACUUUUCCUUCUGAAGAAGAACUUGCAGAUAUAACUAAUCUAAAAGAUGUGCAACAACGUAUAAAAGAUAUUGUUAUGAUAUUAUCUGAUUUUAAAAGAUUACGUGAUAUAAACAGAUCACGUUCUGAAUAUAUGAAUCUUCUUAGACGAGAUUUAUGUACAUACUACAGUUAUAACAAUUUCUUAAUGGAGAAAUUGAUGCAAAUAUUUUCAUUAGAUGAAUUAUUAGAAUUUUUGGAAGCAAGUGAAGUUCAAAGACCAAUGACGAUACGAACAAAUAUAUUGAAAACGCGUCGUCGUGAUUUAGCCGAAGCUUUGAUUAAUAGAGGAGUCAAUUUAGAUCCCAUUGGUAAAUGGACAAAAGUUGGAUUAGUAGUCUAUUCAUCGCAAGUUCCUAUGGGUGCAACACCAGAAUACCUAGCAGGACAUUAUAUUCUUCAAGGUGCAUCUAGUUUUUUACCUGUUAUGGCUUUAGAUCCUAAAGAAAAUGAAAAGAUUCUUGAUAUGUGUGCUGCACCAGGAGGAAAAUCAUCACACAUAGCAGCACUUAUGAAGAAUACAGGUGUACUUUUUUCAAAUGAUGUAAACGAAGAAAGGAUAAAAGCAGUUGUUGGCAAUUUUCACAGACUUGGUAUUACAAAUUCUGUAGUUUGCACUUACGAUGGACGAAAAUUACCCUCAGUAAUUAAAAAUUUUGAUAGAGUAUUAUUGGAUGCACCUUGUACUGGUACUGGUGUUGUUUCAAAAGAUCCAAGUGUUAAAACAAAUAAAGACGAAAUUGAUAUACAACGUUGUUGUACAUUACAAAGAGAAUUACUUUUAGCAGCUAUAGAUUGUGCUAAUGCACGUUCGGAAUCUGGUGGAAUUAUUGUUUAUUCAACAUGUUCAAUUCUUCCAGAAGAAAACGAAUGGGUUAUCGAUUAUGCACUUAAAAAACGUGAUGUUAAAUUAAUAUCAACUGGAUUAGAAUUUGGUGCUGAAGGCUUUACAAGUUAUAGACAAUUUAGAUUUCAUCCUUCAUUAAAAUUAACUAAACGAUUUUAUCCUCAUUUACAUAAUAUGGAUGGAUUUUUUGUAGCAAAAUUAAAAAAAUUCUCUAAUAUUAUUCACAAAACUAAAAAUAAAGAAGAUGAAUUUCUUGAUUAAUAAUAAUAGAUUAUUAUUAUUAUACAAAUAAUAAUUAUUUUUAUAAUAGUUGUAAUAAAAGAAUGUUUAAACAUAUAUUGAAAAUAUAUAAUUUAUAUAUAAAGUCGAUUUUAUAUUAAAAUUUAUAUAUAAAUUACUUCUAUGAUUAAAUUAUAUCUCUUAAAUUAUAUUGUUUAUACAUUGUUUAUACAUUAUGUUUAUACAUAUGUUUAUACAUUCAUUAAAAAAAUAAAUAUUUAAAAAUCAUAAAAUAAUAAUUGACUAUUCAUAUGUGAUAAAGAUAUGAGACUUUUUCAUUAUAAAAAGAAAUAUAAAAUAUAUAUAUGUAAAAUUUAUAAUAUACAAAUCAUAAUAAAAUUGAUAUAUAAUUAUAAAUAAUCAUAAUAAAAUUGAUAUAUAAUUAUAGUGUUUCAUGCAAUCGAAUUAAAUUAUAACCUUCAAAUAUAUAAAAAUAUAAAGAAUAGAAAAAAAAAAAUAUUCAAUACAAUUAAAUAUUUUAGCAUGCAUGUGUGUUGCUAAAAAUAAAAAAUAAAAAUGUUUCAAAGA